AUGUAUACUUUUUUAGCUUCGCUUUUAUUAACAGUAACAAAAGAAAAUGGUAAAACCUUUGUUUUACGAUUCGAAAAGGCGACAAGUGGUGCGGAACCGCAAGUUGCCGUGCUAUGCGAAGCUGGCGCCACCUACCACCCGCAGUACAUGUCCGCCGCAGGACGAUGGACACCCGACCUCACGACAAAACCGCACAACUGCCUGAAGGACAAGAUGGAAAUCCUUGACUAUUGCAAGAAGGUGUACCCAAGUCACGAUAUAACUAACAUCGUUGAGGCUUCCCACUACGUCAAAGUCAGCAACUGGUGUAAACUCGGCUCUGGUAACGCCGCCAAGUGUAAAGUCACCAGAUGGGUGAAGCCCUUCCGUUGUCUUGAAGGCCCAUUCCAAUCGGACGCGCUGCUAGUGCCUGAGAGCUGUCUGUUCGACCACAUCCACAACCAGAGCCGCUGCUGGCAAUUCUCCCGUUGGAAUGCCACCGCCGGCCGAGCGUGUGCUCAGAGAGGACUGCGCCUGCGCACCUUCGCUAUGCUCCUACCUUGCGGCAUCAGCUUAUUCUCUGGAGUCGAAUUCGUAUGCUGCCCUAAGCACUUUAAAGAAAAUGUAAAGAUGCACAAGCCAAUGGACGUAGGUGUACCAGUGAACCCUGGCGGUGAAGAAAUGUUAGCUGCUUCUGCUGCUAUGGAUGAACGAGAUGAUGAGCUCCUUGAUGAUGAAGAUGCACUCACCGAUGAUGACGAUGACACUAUCAACCUUAGCGACGAUGAUGAUGAUGACGAUGCUGAUGAUGAUAUGGACGAGGAUGAAGAUGCUGACUUGACUCGUGAUGAUGAUGCUGAAGAUGAUGAUUACACUGAUGGUGAUGACUCCGCCUGGCCACGACCUGAGUCUUCUGCCUCUCCUCCUUCAACCACAACGUCUACAACUACCACCACCACUACAACUACUACGGCCUCUACUGCUACCUCCGACCCUUACUUUUCGCAUUUUGACCCCCGGACUGAACAUCAGAGCUACAAAGAUGCGCAGCAACGGCUUGAAGAGACGCACCGCGAAAAGAUUACCAAAGUAAUGCGAGAAUGGUCUGAGUUAGAAGAUCGCUAUCAACAGAUGAUGUCGACAGACCCCGUUGCCGCACAAACUUUCCGUCAGCAUAUGACUGCUAAAUUUCAAGCUAAUAUUCAGUCUUUAGAAGAAGAGGGAGUAUCGGAGCGCCGUCGCCUCGCCGCCUUACAUCAACAACGUGUGCUCGCGCACCUCGCACAACGCCGACGUACCGCGCUUGCUUGCUACUCGCGAUCUCUUCGGGACACGCCACCAAAUGCCCAUCGCGUCCAGAAAUGCCUGCAACGUCUAGUCCGAGCGCUCGCGGCUGAACGUAGCGGAGCAUUAGCCGCGUGGCGCCGCGCCGCCGCCGCCGGACGCGAGGCCGCCGCCGCUGAACGAGCCAGCGCUGCUGAUAGGUUACAGGAUGCUGACCGCGCUUUGCAACGUGCUUUGACUUCUCUUCGCCGCCGCCCACACUUGUAUGCUAGCAUCGGUACCGCUAUUGAAGAUUAUGUUCAGUCGAUGCAAUCAAAGGACGACAUGGCUGUAUCCCUGAUGUCUAUGACCCCUGAGGCUGAAGAGCUUCUCCUGGACCGUAUUGAAGCAGAAGUGCAGAGGGAACAAGCCGCCCGUGAACAACUCAACGCUAAGAGGGAUCAACGCACCCGUCAGCGACAGGACAUCCAGAACGAACGCGCAAGGACUGCCAACGGAUUAAAGGAGAGCGAAGAAGCUGAUGACGAGGCCAGCGAAGUAAUUGACACAGAGGACACCACCACCGCGCCUGCCACCCAGACCUCCCCCGCGCCCUCCGCGUCACCGUCACCGUCCGCCUCGGUAUCCGUGCAUGACUUUACCACCCGGUCUACUUUCACCCAGGAAACAACUCCUACGGUUCAAGAAAUCAUUACAAGCACGAUGACUGAUGCCCCCGAGAGUGAAACCGAGACUAGCGAUGUUGGUGAAACGUCUAGCCGACGUUCUACUAGCGAGACCGAGGGCGAAGGCCUACGCGCUGCAUUGGAACAAGCGGAAGAAAGGGCGCCUCCUCCACCCGCGCACGCUCUCAAACAUGAACUCCAACAUUCCCAGCCUGGCUUCACCGUGCGCGGCCCGAGCCCGCCCACCGGCUCGGGCGUGCUGUACCCGGUGCUGAGCGUGGGCGGCGCGGCGCUGGUGGCGGCGGCGUCUAUCGCUCUCGCCGUCUCGCGCCGUCGCGACCGGGCGCCCUCUGCGCAAGGAUUCGUUCAGGUGGAACAGACCGGCGCUGUCGCUCCCACUCCUGAAGAGCGACACGUGGCCAACAUGCAGAUCAACGGUUACGAGAACCCUACCUAUAAAUACUUCGAAGUCAAGGAG